AGGGGCUAUCCACACGUGAUGAGAUCAUGGCGAUUCCGAGGCUCCAUGAAGGCGUCAAUGGCAAGCCAGGAACAAGAAGGCGGUCCCGCUAAGCUUUUCCGUAGGAGGCGGUGUAGGAUUAUCCCAAAUCACCACUCUAAUUCGCAAUGCAGUCACGAAGUUAUAGCUUCAACUCGCUUAAAAAGACGCAACAUUUCGGAAGCAAAUGGUAGCUACGAUCAAGAGGUUUAUUUUUUUUAAGGCGUGCGACACCUAAUGUUUCUCUUUGUCCUGCAGUUUUAUAUUGAGUAAAAUUACAACUCGCUCAUCUAUAAUGUGACAGCUGUCGUCGCGUUUGUGCUACUUUGGACAAUUAAACAGCCUACUCAUUUUUGGUGGACACAUGGCGAGAUUUUACUUUGCUUUAACUUUUAUUUUGGCGACGGCGUUUUGGAGCAUCGACGGCGAACCCCAAAGUCUGUCAUCUCCCGCCACGCCGUUGAACGCAACAAUAACAGCAUCCGUCAGCCUCCAGGACGACCGGAGCAACACUGACAAUGACAACAAUGACACUCACGCAGCCGUCGGAACCCGAAUGUCGACCCUAAUGACGUACCUUCCCACUCUCAAAGUGGUCGUCAUUCUUACCUGCGUGUUGACAGCUGCUCUCAUAACCUGCCUGCUAGUCAAAGUGGUCAGAUCUGGGAGGAAAAUCCGUAAAACCCGAAAGUAUGACAUUAUAACGACACCAGCAGAGAGAGUCGAGAUGGCGCCGCUCAACGAUGAGCAUGACGAUGAAGACGAUUCCACUCUAUUUGAUGUCAAUUACAGGUGAAUCCACCAUGGACCAAUAUUUGACCACCUUGUUUCAUCAUGGAUCAGCUCGUGAGACGUCUCUUACUAUUUUUUGCCAAGCCCUGGCAGUGACCUUUAACCAGCAUUUAUCAACACAUCGCAAUUUUUUUCCUAACCUCUUUGUCAUGUUAAAGUCACCUGAGCGUUCUCAAAUGCCACUCGGGCUGAUUGGGGAUGAAUUACUUCAAAAACAGAACAGUUUGUUGUCGACUUGCACUCAUCGUUGUUGGCUCAAUAGGCGUUCUGUCCACAUGCAACAAAAGUACAACACACUAUAAACAUAAACAUUUGCACUCAAUUUUAACUUGACUUUCAUACCAAAUCUUAACUAACAAGUCUUAUGUGCAUAUUUACUGUGCAAGGCUCUCUGUUAUAAUAGAUGGGGUAAGCCUAUAUUUUGUACUGGGUUCUGUAUUUAUAAUGUGCUGCUAUGUCGGCUGUAGCUUGCAUAUAUGAAAAGACUAUAUUUGGGUAUUUGUACCACUGUUUGCUAUGUAUGAUUGUGAUUUAUCCAAUUUGUCUUAUUUUGAUUUAAAACACUGGCCAAUGUCACAAAAGGCUGGUCCGUGUAAGAUUAAGUAAUGCGCUUUGUUUUUGUUUGUUCUUUUAGUGUUUAUGAGUGCAGUUAAUGAUUCAAUUUUGGGGCAAAUCCAAAGAAUUUAAUUCUGACUUUAUGAACUCUCCAGAAUUUCCACCAUUUUUCAUGUCUUACUUGUACAACAUAAACAAAAUUUUGGAAACUAUGUAAGUUAGAAUACAGACACAAAAUACUAAUUGGACAACCUUUUCUUAAUGAAAAAGAUACCACACGUCUGAUAAUGCAUUUGCUUAACAUUCGUAUCCGUAAGCAGAACAUUUAAAUCACACUUUAAAGGAAAACUGCACUUUUUGGGAAAUUUUGCCCAUCAUCCACAAUCCUUAUGUGAGACAUAAACACAUCUUUCUCUUUUAUGUUUAUUCAAAAUAUACAAAAACAGCUAAAAAGAGGUAGCUCGUUAAUACAUAACAACGAAGUUUUAUGGUUUUAUACCAAUCCAAUACAUGCACUUUCGCAAAGUUACAUUAGUAAGAGAUACAGAUAUCCACUUCCUGUUUUCCUUAAUUUUUCCGUUUAGCCAGACCACACAUACAAGCGUAAGGCAUAGUAAAGACAUUGUUGUGAUUUUCAGAGUGUCAGUGAACGCAUGUCUGCUAACGAGAAUGACAAACGACAAUGAAGUGUUGUUCCCAGAAUGAGCUUGACAAGAGAUGUUUGUGAAUUGGAGAUAUACACUGUGUAUAUUGUUUUGGAAUUGCACUGCUGUUGAUGUGUUCAGGUCAGAAUAAAUGUAUAAGAGCUCUGUGUGACUUUGUGGGGACACUUGAUGCACAUGUGUUAAUGACGCUAAUAAUUAAGUAAUCAAAUUAAUAUACCGUCAUGAAGACACCAUUUUGGACAGCCUUAUCUGCAACAUAUCAGAAAAGAGUCAAAAACUGUUGAUCACUGUUUGCUCAAGUCAAAGGUGAUGUGCUUGAAUAUGUUGCCUACAACACAAAGACAGGUCUGCAUUCAUGGAUGGCUAAGGAAGUUAAGACACAAAAAUCAGAUGAUAUUUACUUUUAAAAAUAAAAAAAACAUCAUUAACAAUCAUUCAUUGUUGCAGCUCUACACACUAGAUGUGUUUCCCACUACCAACAUUCUUCUUUCCCUUCGGGCGUCGCCACAGCAAAUCAAUCUCCUCCAUCCAACCCUGUCUUCUGCAUCUGUCUCUCUCACACCAACUACCCUCAUGUCCUCCUUCACUACAUCCAUAAACCUCCUCUUUGGUCUUCCUCUAUGCCUCCUACCUGGCAGCUCUAAACGCAGCAUCCUUCGACCAAUAUAUUCACUAUCUCUCCUCUGGACAUGUCCCAACCAUCUUAUCUCCAAGGCCUCUAACAUGUAAUGUCCCUCUGAUGUACUCAUUCCUGAUCCUAUCCAUCCUGGUCACUCCCAAUGAGAACCUCAGCAUCCUCAUCUCUGCUACCUCCAGUUUCCGACUGUUGUUUCCCACUACCAACCAACCAACCAACCAAAACAUGACAUGACCAAAAUGACAUUUUGUCAAAGACAGCUCCUUUAUUAAAUAUUGUAUUCAUGUACAACGAUUGACAUCAUCAACCAUUGUGAGCUAAGGUUCUGCAAAGCUCUUUUAUUAAGUGAC